AUGAACACUCAGGAAGAAACUGUCGUCGGUCUUCCAGACGGAACAAAAUAUUCUCAGCCGACUGGAAUUUUCAUCGAUAACAACUUUUGUUCUUCUGAAGACGGCAGCACUCUGGAGUCCAUCAACCCUUAUACCCAACAAGAGAUCUGCUCGUUUGCCCGAGGUAAGAAGGCCGACAUUGACAACGCCAUUGCGUCAUCAAAGCGGGCAUGGCAAAGCUGGAAGAAGACUACGCCUCAAGACAGGGGCAAGCUCCUAGCACGUCUGGCAGACCUUAUUGAAAGAGAUGCGGACUUGUUGGCAAAGAUCGAGUCAAUUGACGCUGGGAAGCCGGUCAAAAUUGCGAAGGUUGCGGAUGUCCUUGCAUCAGCUGCAUGCUUGCGAUAUUACUCGGGGUGGGCGGAUAAGGUCAAAGGCGAAACCAUCGAUACUGAUAUAGAUACUCUGAACCUGACCAUAAGAGAGCCUUUGGGUAUCUGCGGACUUAUCAUUCCGUGGAACUUCCCGAUUCUCAUGUGUGGCUGGAAACUUGGACCAGCUCUAGCAGCGGGGAAUGUUGUUGUAUUGAAGCCUGCGGAGCUCACACCUCUCUCAGCUUUGUAUCUGGGGAAGCUGGUUGUUGAGGCCGGGUUUCCCCCGGGCGCCGUUAACAUCGUGCCGGGACUCGGGCACGAAGCUGGCGCCGCGCUUUCGGCACACCCAGAUGUGGCGAAAAUAUCCUUCACAGGGAGUACUGCCGUAGGCAAAAGCAUCCUGCGUGCGUCGGCCGAGACCAAUCUGAAGAAGGUCACCUUGGAGUUGGGUGGGAAGUCACCUAGCAUUGUGCUCGACGGCGCAGAUCUGGAUGAGGUCGUAGAGUGGGUGAAUGGUGGCAUAUUCUACAACAUGGGACAAAACUGCUGCGCAAGCAGUCGGGUUUUUGUUCAGGAGAGUGUAUACGAAUCCUUCAUCGAGAAGUUCGUGAUACGAGCAAAGCAAAACCAACUCGGAGAUCCGUUUGACGACAAAACCUUCUUGGGCCCACAGAUCAGUCAUGGUCAGCACGCCAAGAUCAUGGGGAUGAUACAUAACGCGAAACUUCAAGGAGCUGUCCUCGCGACAGGGGGCACAAGUCCUAAGGGUUGGUUCAUCGAGCCAACGAUCUUCCGGGAUGUCACGUCAAAGAUGGAUAUCACCAAGGAAGAGGUCUUCGGCCCCGUGGUUACCGUCGCUUCGUUCAAGACAGAGGAGGAGGCAUUGAGUCUGGCCCACGACACUUGCUACGGACUGGCGGCAGCCGUCUUCACGACGGACAUGAAGCGAGGCAUUCGUAUGGCAAAGAAUCUCGAAGCUGGGACGGUAUGGGUCAACUGUUACAACAGAAUCUCGCAUGCUCUGGCUUUUGGGGGAUACAAGCAGAGCGGAAAUGGCAAAGACCUUGGAGAAGAAGCCAUCUAUGGUUUCACUCAGCUGAAGACGCACCCAAUUUUCGACUCCAAGGAGUGGAAAGAUAUUCCUAUCACCCUCACAAUAGGACUCUCCACUACUCCCAUCCCUAUACUGUCAGGCAAGGAGGCCACAGAAACCAGAGCGUGCUUGAAAUGGGAGGCACGGCUCGAAGUCAAAGCCAAGGACAUGCCGCGUCUCAUGAGAGAAGGAUUCCACUGGACGACGGCCAACUGUCACCGCGAAUCAACCUACGUUAAUAACGAAAUCGAAGCCGGCCCGCGCGAAGAGGGGUGGAAAUGCGCCCGCUACUACUUCCUCUCAGACCUCGGCAAGGACCCAUACUGGACAGCAAUGCUUGUUGUGUUGGCGCGCGAUAUACAAACCCUUGCGCAGUUUCGUAUCGACACCCUUCGGCCAGACAUGGUUUACACUGUAAUCGGAAGUAAUGCGAAAAGCCAGUGGAUUUACCGUUUUGAUACGCUGGAUCCGAGCCAGAACUUCAACGCCAUCUAUGACGACAUGCCGUUGGAGGGUUGGUGGCCGUGGCUCAAGGACAAGGGGAAGCAGCUGCUGUCAUAG